AUGCAUUUAUUCGGUGGUGAAUUUUUCACGCUUGAAGCAUUUAAUAGAACAUCACAUGAACAAAUUGAUAUGAAAUGUCGGUGUUGUGCAUGUGUUGAAUGGAAUUUAUUUAAAAAUUCUACUGAUCUCAAAGAUUUAAUAUGUUUACAAGAGAGAACAAACUUCGAUUCACUUCGAUUUGCAUUAUUAACCGUAUUUCAGAUACUGACACAAGAAGAUUGGAAUGAAGUACUUUAUAAUGGAAUGAAAACGACAAGUCCAUGGUCAGCAUUAUAUUUUAUUGUACUUAUGAUAUUUGGCAAUUAUAUAUUACUCAAUUUACUUGUUGCUAUUCUUGUUGAUAGUUUUCCAAAUGCAAAAGAAGAUGAUACAACAAAUAGUAAUAAUAAUUCGGAUCGAUUGGAUAAAGCAGAUUCAUUUAAAACACAAGCAAUUAUCACAGGUGAUAUUCAAAUAUCUGAGAAUCUUGAUGAAUCGACAAGUAUUGAACUCAGUAAUGAUGAUAAGAAAAAUGAUCGACGACAAAAUAUAUUGACUGAUACUAUACUUUGUACAAAUUCUGAUCUAACAUUCCCAUCGUCAUCAACACGAUAUUUUAUUGUUCAUAAAGAAAAUUUAAUUGAACAAGAAUCGAAUAAUAUAACAAAUAGAUGUUUAAAUUCUAUUGUUAAACAUCGAUCAACAAUAGAUGAUCCAUCAUAUUCAUUUAAUCAAAAUGUAUCGACACGUAUUCGUCAAACAUCAAGAAGGCAAGAAAAAAAUGAUAGACAUACAGAAUCGAAUGCUAGUAAUAUUAUACAACUUGCAAGUGAUAUUGAACUACCGGUAAACGAUCAAAAUGAUAUACAAUUAGAUGUAUCAACUGAAGAUGAUAAACAACUGGAAUUAACAACUCAGAAAUCAGGAGUUAUUCGAUCAUGUUUAAGUCGAUUUUGUGGACAAAAAAUAUUUGAAUGUUUAAAGAAGAGAGAAAACUAUUCACUUUAUCUUUUUUCACCUUCGAAUAGACUACGCAAAGUAUUUCAACGAUUAAUUGUACAAAAAUCAUUUGAUUAUUUAAUUCUUUUCUUUAUUGCUCUCAAUUGUAUUACACUUGCACUGGAACGUCCAUCGAUUUCUCCUAUAAGUUUUGAAAGACAAUUUUUGAACUACACUAAUUAUAUAUUUACAGCUGUUUUUACUAUUGAAAUGAUGAUUAAAAUAAUCGCAAGUGGACUUAUUUUUGGACCUAAUACAUAUUUACAUAUCGGCUGGAAUGUUAUGGAUGGAUUUCUUGUAAUUAUUUCAGUUGUUGAUCUUGGUACAAUGAAUCGAGGCAGAAUUAUGUCACCAACAGAGUCAGAUACAACAUCACAUAUUCUGGGUAUGUUAAGAGUAUUUCGUUUAUUACGAACAUUACGACCACUCACAGGUUGGAAAAGAUUUCUUUUUCUUUUCUUUUGA